UUAAAAUAAAUGAUUUUGGUUCAGGAACUCGAAACUGUUUUAAAAUAAAGCAUCAAACUGUUAAUAUAAUUUGUUUUUGUAUUUUCAAGACUUCAAAUAAUGUGAAUAAUGGAUAGAUUAACAGUUAUAUCGGGUGCUUUAUUUCUAUCUGCUAAUAUCUUUGCCAUAAUUAGUUUAGUUUUGCCAGAUUGGAUUGUCUCGGAUGUCGGCGGAAAUACCAGACUCGGACUUUUACGAAACUGUAUGACAAUAUAUGGUAGAAAACAACUGUGCUUUGCUCCCAGUUUGCAGCCAGAAUGGAUGCUGUCUCUAAUUUGUAUAAUCAUUGGAUGCAUUUGUGUAUCAAGCACUGUGGGUUUGUUGCUGCUGUCUCAUUGGAAUGAACACGUUGUACCAUACGCCAGAUGGGUUGGAUUUUCUGCGAUGGUUUUAUUUUGUCUUGCUGCUGUCAUCUUCCCGAUGGGAUUUACUAUGGAAGAAAUAGGAGGAGAAGCCUAUCAGUUACCCAGUAGUCAUCAAGUUGGAUUGUCAUAUAUAUUUUUUGUUCUGGCGUUGUGGAUUACUGUUAUAUCUGAACUUUUUGCUGGAAAAGUAUGCAUGCCUCAUUUUUAGUGAUCCCUACAUCCUAUUUUAAGAACUUUCUGAAAUAUUUGUAAUUUUGUGUUCUAGCAUUUGAGUAUAUAUUGCUUCUUAUGCCUUCCUGUAGCUUAGAUAGAUCUGAUUAUAUUUGUUGUUGUAUCAUUUUAUAUUCUGAUAUAUUGUACAGUAUAAAUGCAUCCUUUCUUAUUUGUUUAUUAAAAAAAUGUUGCAAUUAGUAUUCACUUGUAUAUCAUGCCCUACUUCAAUAUCUCAGAUAUAAUCUGCAUCUUUAAUAUUAAUAAUUUAAAAGUCUGUUAUUAAUGGUCUGCAAAUAAGGUCAUUGAAUCUAGAACUACCAAAUUUGGCACAAAUAUAUUUUAGAGAUUAGCAUUGUCCAUCUGUUUAUAUUUAUUAAAGUAUUAUUAAAUAAAAAAUUAUUUUAUAUUAUUUUAGAAUACAACCAAUCAUCUUUUUAAUGACAUUAAUUUAAAUAUUAUGCAUCAUGCAUUUGCAACCAAAGUUAGACAAGGGAAACUCGAACUUAUGUGUAUUCUUCACGAAAGAAGAAAAAUAAACAGGAUAUGAAAGAAAGGCAUUCCACGAUUUAUUCACUACCUUUCUUUUUAUGAAUGUAUUGACUGAUAUUCAACUUCAUAACAUGCAUCUUUUUGUAAAACUUUAUAU